AUGGCAAAUGAGCUUAAUCUGGGGAGCAUAGAAGUCAAAGGUGAUUCCCGGCUCGUAACGAAAAAAUUAAACGACGACUUCCACGUCAAAGAACCUCACUUGUUCCCCUACCGAGCGGAAGCCCAAAGGAUGAUGAGUCAAACAGGGUCGACUUUAGACCAUACCGGCAGGGGUGGAAACAAGCAUGCGGAUUCCCUGGCGACCCUGGAAAGUAAGGUACAAUUAAAUGAAGAAGAGGAGGGUACAGUCAUGAUACGAAGAAAAGAGUUGCACAUCACUUGCAAAGAAGACUUGUCCUUCGAAGAGGCGGACGACUGGAGGCAGGUGUACAUUGAAGACUUGACUCGAAUGGACGAAGAGCGGGUGAUUCCUACCCAGGCCUUGAAGCAGUUUGUAAUGAUUCAAGGAGGCUUGUGCUAUAGAGCACCCGUAGGGUCCCUUGCGAGAUGUGUAAAUAAAAGAAAAGCGUAA